AUGUCGCAGCCGCACCCAGAAGACGAACCUAUUAGUCCUGAUUCCAUACAAAUUGAUCCAAGUUUUAUCUAUCGCGAUUUAUCACUCCCUUCGAAUUUAAUGGAAGAUCUACGUUCUAACGAAGAAUUAACAGAUGAUCGCAUUUCUAAGUUGAUGCAACAGUUCUUGAGUGGAUUUUCUGAACAAUAUUCAAAUUUUGGUCCAUCAUUGUAUAUGGGCUCACUCGACAAUGCUCUAACAAAGUCUGUUUACAAUCAGAGCAGUGCUCAACCAUUGAUUCUUUUCCUAUAUCACGGUCGAACUAUGUUUACCAAUUUCUUUUGUCGGCAAGUUUUGUGUGCCAAUGAUAUCACAGACUACAUCGAGAAGAAUUUCAUUGUUUGGGCAUGGGAUCGAACAAAUGAUGUUAACUACCAGAAACUCUUGGCAAUAGUGAAUAGACAUUUAGGUGAUGAAAUCAAGGAGCAAAUAGCCUCAUUGCCUACUGAGAAGUUUCCAGCGUUGAUUUGUCUUGCGUAUAACAAUGCAGAAAUUCAAAUCACGAAUGUUAUCCAAGGUUGUGCAUCUCAUUGUGAUGCACUUGAAUCGUUAAAAGAAGCACGUGAUCGAUUUGACUGUCGUAUUGAGACUCCACAUUCGCCCGGUCCACUCUGGAAGCUGAGUAUAAAUGAAGUUUGGCAAAUGAAACCAAGCGUCUUACAUCCUAUUGAAAAAUUAUCUGAAGAGUUCGAAAGAGUAGCUGGAACAUAUGCUAGACAGAAAGAACAUGUAGUUGAAAUUAGUAAAGUCGAAAAUCCGCCGUGGCUGUUUCAGUAUAACGGUGAGGAAAGAUCCAUUCGUGAGCGUGGGAACCAUGGCCAAAUUGAAGAAUAUCUUCUAUACCCAUGUUCACAAACAUCUGCUCAAUAUAUUCUUACUUAUGGAUUUAACAAUGAUCAUAAAGUGAAUGGUAGUUCGAAUCCGAACGCACUGCUUGUAUGUCGGGUACUGAUUGGUCAAACACGGCAUAGGGACGAAACGACUCGAGCAAAUCCAUUUGCAUAUGACUCGGUAACAGAUGGAUCCGGAACUUAUAUUCUCGAUUCGAGUCGAAAGAUCUUACCGAUCUAUUACAUCAAAUAUGGUUUAUGA